AUGGCCAUCCCCAUCGUCGAUUCGCACAUCCAUCUCUUCCCCGGUUCCCAUCUGCCAACUCUGGCUUGGUAUGGACCGGGUGGCCCUCUUUCCUCCCAGCAUUCCGUCGCCGAGUACCGCGAUGCGACAAGCUCGGCGUCUACUUCUCCUGAGACCGCGCAAACCACGUAUCUACGGGGUUUUGUUUUUGUUGAAACGGACCGUAUCUCCUCUGUCGCGGAGUCUGGGAAGGGCUGGUCGCAUGCUCUUGAUGAAGUCUCCCUGCUGACUCGAGUCAUCACGGGAGAGGCUGUCCCCGGAGAAGGGCAUCAGAAGGAGGACCGCCACCUCUGUCUAGCUUUCGUUCCUUGGGCGCCCGUACCGGGAGGGCCAGCAGCGCUCGAGAAAUACAUUGCGCUAGCCAAGGAAAGAACGCAAACGGAGGAGGUAUGGAAGAAGUUUCGAGGGGUGCGCUACUUAGUCCAGGAUAAACCGGCCGGGGUCAUGGUUCAACCAGAUUUUAUCGCGGGACUGAAAUGGUUGGGAGAGCAAGGCUUGACGUUCGAUCUCGGGGUGGAUGCCCGACAAGGUGGGCUUGCGCAGUUGCGCGAGGCAAACGAGAUGCUACGCAAGGCCCACGAUAGGAUUACGGAUGAGAAAUUGAAGCCCGUCGUGAUCAUCAACCAUCUGUGUAAGCCCAAUCUCCGUCUGCCAUACACUUCGCAGGUGUCUAUCACCACGCAUCCCGACUUCCUGGAGUGGUCCUCCCUCAUCACGGCUAUGGCGCAGUAUCCCAACACCUACAUGAAGCUCUCGGGGGCCUUCUCGGAGCUUCCCCCGCUCUCCGCCGAUACGGAGCCAAACGUUCCAGAGCUCGUCGAGCAACUCCGCCCGUGGACCGACAUAGUCUUUGAUACCUUUGGUCCGCAGCGCGUGUUGUUCGGGUCAGACUGGCCCGUCUGUAACGUGGGAGGCGGCGGCAACCCGACGGCCUGGCGUCGCUGGAAGAGCGUGGUGGAGGGCGUCCUGGAGAGACGGGGAUUGAGGGAGGAGGAGAAAAGAGGUGUCUGGGGCCAGGUUGCGGUUCGAGCAUAUGGAAUUGAUAUCUGA